AUGGAGAAAGCACACAAACUGAAUGAAGAGGACAUCGCUCUGAAUAAACUUUCUGACAUAGAGGCACAGACAGCCCCCUCUGGUAAAGUGUACCGCUCCAUCAACAUGAAUCACUACGCCACUAAGAAGAGUGCGGCUCAGAGCAUGCUGGACGUUGCCUUGCUGAUGGCCAACUCGUCCCAGCUGAAGACCGUUCUCUAUGUGGGUCCUCAUUACCGUUUCUACUUCCCCCUCCUUGUGCUGCUGUCUCUGUCCAUCACGUUACAGGUCAUGGUGGGGCUGCUACUCGUCUUUAUUGCAGUGAAGUACGAUCUGAACGAUGUGAGGAAACACUCCAAGUUGAACUGGAUGAACAACGCAGCGACAGUGUUUGUCUUCUUCACCGUCCUCAUCAACAUCUUCAUCACAGCGCUUGGAUUUGAGGGACAUGCUAUCAGGUAG